CACGUGUGGGUGGCAGCUGUUCCGAUUGGUCAAAGGGAGCGCAAGCCGGAGAGAGGCCGGAGCUCUCCCCCGGUAGCUUUGCCUUGGCCUGGGACUUGCAACUCCACCUUGGGCCACUUGCAGCCAUGAAGCUCCUUUUGCUGACUGUGACGGCCCUGCUACUCCUGUCCCAGCUCACUCCAGGUGGCACCCAAAAAUGCUGGAAUCUUCUUGGCAAAUGCCGCCACACAUGCUCCAAGAAUGAAAGGAUCUAUGUUUACUGCACAAAUAAUAAACCAUGCUGUGUGAAGCCCAAGCAUCAGCCAAAACAACAGCCCUGGUUAUUUUGAGUUCUCUGAAGCCUAAAGCCAUAAAAAUGCAGAUGAAGCUAUUCUGAGUCUGAACCCCAAGGAUUCCUGAAUUCUAUCAAUAAACACC